AUGCCUUCACGUAAUUCAGAGUUCAUCACUCCCUUCUUAGUGACAACUGAGAAGAAUUUUCCACGUCAAUUAUCAAUCAAGCUAAAAUUACAUGCAACAAUGUUACUUCACGGGUCGGUGGUACUCUUAAUUUUUUGCGGAUGUUACGUAAUUGGUAGACCGUCGGAAGAGCCAACUAAAUUCGACCUGAUCCCAAAAAAUCAUACUCUCGAAGCAAUUUCUGUAAGAGUUCCAACAAGACUGCAACAAGGAAAGGAAAUAUUAGGGAGAAUCAUGGACGCAAUGAGGUUUGGCAGAGGGAGAUUAGUCAAUUCGGCCUCGAUGGCCAGAAACAUCAUUGCCAACCGAGUCGAGGAAGCUGCCAGCGAGGUGCAGAACACGGUCAUUUCUGCGAUCGCUGCCAAAGGAGACAUUCUGUCAGAAGGUCGAGAUGUCAUUACGAGCAAUCUGCCACCUAGGACCCGUGAAACUGUCAAACUAGAGAAAGAGAGCGAGCAAGCCAUCCUAGAACGACGAAAGUCCAAUUCAGUUUCUGCGGUCUUGGAAAGCAUUCUCAAACCCGUGCCCUUAGUUGACAGAAUUCGCGAGGAAGAAAAAUACGGGAAUUCCGGCGACAGAUUUUCAGGAAUCGGCAGAGCUCUUGUAAACGGUUUCGAAGGAUUUAGUAAUUUCCUAAACUCCGUGGUAGACCUACCAAUUAAUGCCGCCAAGAAAACCUCUCGAAGCUUUACGGAAGCUCUUAAUCAGCUGGGAUCACGAAUAAUUGGCCUUCAAUGAAAAUGUAAAUACAAUCGGUGUACAUAAGAAGCGAGUGAAGAUGUAAAUACACGUGAUUUAGUGUAAAAAUAAGAAUUAACCUAAAGGUGGUGAUGUGACAAUUCAGAAGUUGAAAACGAGAUUAAUUUAAUUAUUGUAUCUUAUUCUCGUGCAAAGGUCAAGCUAAGUAGAACCUCAUGAGGGUUAAUUAAUGUCGCACAGUGUCGUAUGUAAACUGUCGCGCGUGUAACAUGUUAUUUAUUAAAUACGACUUACAUGACUCUUUACAGCGUAACAACGUUACUCGGUUAACCGCUAAAUAUAAAUAUCUAUAAAUAUCUGGUUGAAUGGUCCAACAUGCCGAGACGACUCUUAUGAUCUAAUGUCCAGCCACUGGUGAAUACGUGCCACAAUGUACUUAAAUUAAAUCUUUGUAUUCACUGGAAGGCUGUGACUCUAAGGUCUGUUGUAUAUACAAUGGCGGACAUGAAUGCCUCCCCUGCAGAUACGACAUCGCCUGUACAGGAUGGGAGGGCAUUGAUGUCUCCCA